CCCUCUAUUGUUGAAACAGAUCUAGAUUGGUGGGAGGGGCAAGGAAGGGAGUCAUCAUGAAAAGUUGUCAUUUUUGUCUGAAUUUUCACGUAUUGAACUCUUCUAAUGGACAUGUUAUUGGGUUGACAAGUGUGUGAUAUCUGUGAGCGAAGAUCUAGCUGAUUUACAGAUUUGACUCCUUAGAGCCGGACUGAGGGUGCACGUGCCAACAUGGCAGCUGUGUGGCAGCAGAUCUUGGCGCAGGACGCCCGCUAUAACGCCUACAGGCUACCAGGCAGCCCGCAGUUCCGUACCCAGUACAUACGUCGCAGAAGUCAGCUGCUGAGAGAAAAUGCAAAAGUCGAUCAUGACCCAAUAAUAAGAAAACAGUAUCUAAAAGUACGUGGACAGAUACUGGGCCAGCGAUAUGGGACGUCUUUGUCCGAACAAGGUAGCCAACGGAGUCGUAGCGCCAGCAAAUGCAGCAGCCGACUGACUUUAGAUCGAGAGGAGGGAGACUUUCGCGGCCACCGGCGCUACCACAGCUCGGGUUCGGGCAAGUUCUCGCUCCCGUCCCCCACAGAGGAUGGUCUGGUGCCAACACGUGCUGCGGAAGCUAGCAGAGCCAUGGUUGGAGACAAGACACUGGAUGAAAACUAUGCCUUUGCAGGGAUGCACCACAUUUUUGAUCAACAUUCUGAAGCAGUUAUGGCGGUGAAGUUCGCCAAUGAUGACAAAGCUCGCCUGGCCUGUUGCUCGCUGGACGGCACACUGUCGGUGUGUCAGGUCAUCCCAGAACCUGCCACAGUUCUGUGUGUGCUUAAAGGGCACACUUCAGGGGUAACAGAUUUCUCCUGGUCGCUGUCCAACGAUGUUAUCGUGUCGUGUUCCCUGGACGGAACAGUGCGGCUGUGGCAGGUUCCGACCGGCACGUGCCUGCGUGUGGUCGGGGACUGCGAUGGCGCGGAGAUCAUGUCAUGUGCAUUCCAACCUGUCAAUAACAACAUGAUUGUUACUGGAAACAAGAAGGGUUUCGUCCAUGUUCUAAACUUCUCCACUGGAAAGUAUGUGAAAGGAGGCAGCAGUAAGGCUUCAGGGUCCGUCCUCACUACAACAUUUGACUCUGGAGGAAAAACUCUGUGGAUCGGGGAUGAAAAUGGUUGUGUCUACUCUUUCGCGUUUGACGUGGGGACUGGAAAACUGUCCCGUGCCCAGCGGUUGGUCGUGUGCGAGGGUCACCCCAUCACUUGUAUUUCCGCUCGCUCGUGGAUGAGCCGUGAAGCACGGGAUCCCUCGCUACUCAUCAACUGUGGGGCAAACGCCCUCUGUCUGUACAGGGUGUCAGGUGUUGAGGGCAGUUUGCAGCUGAAGCGAAAGUUUCCCAUCAAACAGCGUAACCUGCGGAUACGGAGUGGCUUCUGUCCUCUCAUGUCAUUCAGACAGGGCGCCUGUGUUGUAAGUGGAAGUGAGGACAUGUCCGUGUACUUCUUUGAUGUGGAGCGAUCGAACAAACCAGUAGUAAACAAACUCCAGGGUCACUCUGCACCGGUGAUAGACGUGAGCUUCAACUACGACGAGAGUCUUCUAGCUUCUGCAGAUUCUGAGGGAAUGGUGAUAGUCUGGAAGCGGGAGCAGCGGUCUUAGCAGUGGCUUUAUUCGGCACAUAAUGCAUACAUGUAUAUGCAUAAUGUAUAAUGUAUAUAUAUAUAUUGAAAAUUAGGUCCCAAUGUUAAAACUAUCAGUAAACUAAAUUCACUCAUCGUAGUUGUCAACAGAAAAGCUCGGUCCCCUUCUGCAGCUCAUUUGUGCACAUGUGGGAUCAGCAAUGGAACAAAUUUGUAUAGGAAGUUUAUAGCGCCCCAUGUCCCGGUUAAGAGAAGGUUGGUGCACCCUGAUGUACAAUGUAGAUGGCCUACUUUACCCCUUUCAGAAAGUAAUGUGAUAUUGAAUCAUGUGUACAGAAACUGAUGAUGUCACGACUCCCACUUAACUAUUUAAUGUUGAAUGUUUUGAGUUGAACAAAAGGGCAGUGAGUAUUUAAGAUUGUGUUUUACUUUUUGAUGAUAAGCAUUGAUUUUCUUUUUAAUAUGAACACCAUUAAUUGUGUAAUAUAUAAAAUUUUGCAGUACCUAAUUGUAAACUAGUAUAUCUAGUUUUAAUGUUUUUCCCAUUUCAAUGCUAAAUGUUCCUAGCCUGGGUACAAUCUUGGUAGUAAUAUCGUAGUUCACUCUCAGACAUUUAUUAUAAUGCUGCGUUAUAUGCAGUCACUUCUCUGCUAUUCUGUCAGGGAACUUCUGCGUCCCUAUGACGUGACAUAUUCGAUUCUUUUCAAAAUUUUGAAUGAGGCACUGAUUCGUCUUGAAAUGAAUAACUGAUUGUCAUAUUUGAACAGGACGUGUGUAGGAACACCAGUUCGAACAAGCACACAAGAAUCCAUUUCUCGUCUCCAUGACAAUAACUGACGUCAACACCAGGUGGCAAUUGUGAACAUGGGAGCAAACUACAGGUACUACCCAGAUGGUACCCAGGCUAAGAUGCUCCAUAUUGCUUCAAAUAUUUCAAUGCUUUCCAAUAUGACAUCAUGGACCAAAGUAGAAAUGUGUAAUUUGUGUAUGUACUAAAAGAAAGAUAAUCAUAUGAUGUGAUUAUGUAAACGUGAAUUUUCCUUAAAAGAUAUAGCUAAACUGUCGUCAAAAAAAGGAUGUGCAAUAAUCUUUAUAAUGUGUAUCUGUUUUGGAUUUCUUUUUUGCUACUUAGAAUUUUGUUUGACAAAAUAAUGUGUUGAAUGAAUGAAUUUUAUUAACGUGUCAUGCGUUAAGACGCCCGGCCCACGUGGGCUUAUAAGACACAUACAACAUCAACUGACUGGGUUAUUUGCAGGUUGUUUGGCCUAUAACCCACAAAUGCUGGGUUCUAAUUUGUCGGUAUGACUCCAAUGUUUUGUUCUGGAAACGCCACCUUUUAAAUGAAGCACUAUGUAAUGGAUGAAGUACAAUGUAAUGGCAACAAAAGCAAUCAAUUCAAAGUCUAUUCUAAAGUCUAUGCCUUCAGGCAUACAUGUAUACGAGCGAUCGCGACGAUGUCAUGGUGACGCAGUGGUAGACAAAAAGCAGGUGUUUCGCAAACUAUUGAUUAACAUAUUGACCAGCAUUUUGAUCUGCUGAUUUAAAUAUGAAUUUUUUAAUCCAAUCUACUGACGUCCUGGUAGGCGCCAGUCGUCGAAUACCCCGGAUAUAAACAACAACAGCGAUCGCUCGUAUUGAAUCCGGUGUAAAUGGUGUAUUGACAUUAUGUACAAGUUCGCUUACUAUAUUUAAGAACCCAUCACACUUAUAUAAAAGGCCCCUCCCAACAUGAGUGGUUAGACAAACUAUCAACUUGACUUUAGAAAAGUCAAUUUCUGCAGACAUAGAUUGGA